AUGGGUGACGGAACGCAAACCAAACCUGAGACGGGUGGUGGUGAAGCCACAGGAGCUGCUGACCAGAAGAGGAGCGAGCUAGCUCAGCUCGUUAAGCUCGCAGCAGCAAACGAAGCGGCGAAAGACUAUGGCAAGGCCGUAGACCUUUAUUCCCAAGCGGCCGAGCUUCAGGCUGGGAUAAAUGGUGACAUGGCGCCUGAGAACGCGGAUAUAUUAUACUCAUACGGGAAGUGCCUGUACCAUGUUGGCGUGAGCAAGAGUGACGUGUUGGGCGCGAAGAUGCCACAGACGGCGACAGAGCCUGCUGGAGGAUCGGGGAGCAAGUCUGGGAAGGACACUGGGGAGGGAGAAGUAUCGUCGAGCAUUAUUAGAGAUGCGAUUGCCAAGAAAGUGGAAGGGGAGGGAGAAGGAGGCCCGUCAGCCAGUCGAAGCAGCAAGACUGAUGGGACGCCACUUUUCCAAUUCAUUGGGGAUGAGAACCUAGAGGCAUCGGACGAUGAUGAGGAUGAGGAGGAGGAUGGAGACGAAGAAGGCAAGGGUGAGCAGGACGAGGAAGACGAUGAUUUUGCAAAUGCGUUUGAGAUCCUGGAUCUGACCCGUGUGCUGUACGAACGGCAGCGGAGUGAACUAGAGCAGGACAAGGAGAAGAACGAGGAGAAGCUACGACGGGUGAAGGAGCGGCUGGCAGACACAUACGACCUCCAGGCGGAGAUAUCACUAGAGGGCGAGCGAUUCCCAGAUGCAGCUACGGACCUUCAGUCGUCGUUACAGAUAAAGGAAGAGCUGUAUUCUCCAGAGGACCCUAUAAUUGCAGAGUGCUACUAUAAACUGUCACUAGCCCUGGAGUUCUCUUCAGUAAUGAAGAAAGAAGAAGAGGGAAAAGCGAGUGAGAGCAGCGGGUCAGAGCCGCAGUUCGACCCGGCCGCUAGAGAACGGGCAGCAGAAUACAUGGAGAUGGCGAUUAAGAGUUGCAAGGGACGGAUUGCAAAGGAGGAAGCCCGAAUCAAGAGUAUCGGCACAGAGGACAAGGAGACGGCGGCCAAGAUAAAGCGGAAUGUGGAAGAUGUCAAGGACAUUGUAUCGGAUAUGGAGCAGCGGCUAGUCGACCUCCGCCGGCCGCCGGUGGCCAUCCCCAACGCCGAACGGACCAAGGAGGAGCAAGCAGCAGCACAGGCCAUCAAGCUAGAGGAACUUACAAAGGCUGCCAAUGACCUGACGGGGCUGGUUAAGAAGAAGAAGCCUGCCGCAGCUCCCCAAGACCAAGGAGAGUCCGAGGGUAAAGGGAAGAGGCCGCUAGAGUCGGCCGAGGAGGAGACAGACCCUAAGCGGGUGAAACACCCAGCAUGA